CUCAAGAGAUCGAUCAUCCUAACAGAAAAAAAAGAAAAAGAAAAAGAAAAAGCCAAGAUAGGAACCUCUUGUAGAAUUCUGACAAUUUACCAUCUUGGCUUCUUCCAUUAUCUCGAUAUGGCGUGGGGUUUAGGAGAGUAGUGUCCUCAAACACCCACAACUGGGAACGACGGAACCGGUUCCAUUGACAAGCAUGGCUUCUCUCCCAACUGCCGCUGUUAUUGCCAAUGUUGCAAAAACUGCCACCAAUGCUCGCUUUUUCUUCUUCUUCUCUUCUUCUCUUUCCCAUAACUUCGACCAUUAUCUCCCCUCCUUCGCUCCACCUCGAACCUUUUCUCGUUUCACUCCACCCCUUCGUACGGAUAAUGUCGCCGGAAGAAUCUCCAGAAAUGGUACACAGUUUCCGUUCUCAUUUUGCACUACUGCGUCCACUGAGCCGGUCACCAGUGACGCCUCCAUUGCAUUGUCGUCCACAUCAUUGGAUAAGGACGACGAUGAUCCGGAAAAGAAUAUUAAGGAUGCGGCUGACAUGCUCGAUAUUAGGGUUGGGCGAAUCAUUAAGGCUUGGAGACAUCUGGAGGCUGACACUCUUUAUGUUGAAGAAGUUGAUGUUGGUGAACCCGAGCCGAGGCUUAUUUGCAGUGGCCUUGUUAAAUAUAUCCCUCUCGAUCAACUUCUGGAUAGAAGAGUUAUUGUCCUCGCAAAUUUGAAGCCAAGAAAUAUGCGAGGCAUCAAAUCUUGUGGAAUGCUAAUGGCUGCUUCUGAUUCUUUGCACGAGAACGUUGAACUUCUUUUGCCUCCUGAGGGUUCGAUUCCAGGUGAAAGAAUAUGGUUUGGAUCUGAAGAUGAAAAAGGCAACCAACCUGAUGCUGCUGCCCCAAACCAGCUGAAUUUUUAGGGGUCGAAGUUUGGAUGCUAUAACAAAGCCUGACCAUCCUUGGUGACUUCCAGAAGCCAAGGAGUUCUCAAUGAGCCUGCCACACUGUUUGUCGAAUAACCAUCUAUUACAUAAACGAAAAGGGGACGGCCCCCAACUAGAAGCCCCUGCCUCUAAUAAUAUGGGGAAGUGAUCCGAGCAUGAUUGAGCUUGCCGUGUAACUCUAGUAUCUGCAAACAGAUCUUCCCAUUCGGAACUAUUUACGAAUCUGUCUAGCAAGGAUCUGGAAAUUAUGUUGCCUUCUCGCAGAGUAAUUCGUUAUUUCCAUUGUGGAAGACAUGAAUCCACAUAUAUUUUCCUUGACUCUUGUCCUUGCUUCAGCCAAUGGUUACUAGAUUAUUUCUUCUCAGAUGAUACAUUAGUCAAGUGCGUUGAGAUCUUUUCAGAUAUUAACCCUCUGGGGAAAUGGUCAGUAUAUGCAAUUUACAUUCAAAAGUAGAGCAUUGGUCUGAUACUAUUCACUCUCAUCAAAUGUUAUUCUCAGUAUGGAGGAUGGAUUAGUAUUAAAAAUUUGCCAAUAAAGUGCUGGAAACAUGCUGUCUUUGAAGCCAGUGGACAGAACCUGGGAGCCAUUGGAGGUAGAUUAGUAUUUGGUCAUCUAACACAAUUGUUUGGAUUGCUCUGCUGCUGUCAUUCAAACAGAAAAGAACUUUGGCUUCCUUUCAGCUGAAUUGUUAUCAAGGAUGCAAAGCCUGGGAAUUUUUCCUACGUUAUGUAGUGCGUUGUAGAGAAUGGGCAAAAAAUCAAUUACACAGCAUCUUGUAGUGGGGCGGCUGCAUAAUUUUUAUCGUUUCUAACAUCCACGUAUUUAGCCACCAUUGAGUUGAAAGUUCUUUUUUACUUGAAUAAAUCCAGGAUGGUUAAAUAAUUUAUGUUGGUAGCUGCUGUAUAAUAAUAUAUAUAUAUGUACA